AUGUCCCGAGUGGAAGCCCUCGCAGACCCCAAACUUUGCUCGCUCCUAAAGGGUCUCCGUACGGACAUCGCCAUGGCCGUGGACGACGCCUUCCCGCUGGUUCAUGGCUUGGCCGACAAGAACGUCAUCAGUGAGCAGAUGCUGAAGGACACCGUGGAGCAGGAGGGCAGAGAAGGGAUCCACAAGGCCUUGUACUCGCUGCUCUCCUGGGUACUGGACCAGAGUACUUCCACCGUGCGGGCCUUCUGGAGGAACCUGAACAAGGCCUACAACCUGGACAGCUACCCCAAGCUGCGACCACUCCUCGCUCCCCACAGUGCUGCCAGCGACGUUGCGUCUCCUCCAGGCAAGAGGACUCACGGAAAAAAGAGGAGCCACAAGGACAGAGAAGCUCAAUAUCGCACCAAGACAAGCGACGGAUCUGCAGCGUCAGUCCAGAAAGGAGGAGUCCCCUCGUCUUCAUCGUCUCUCUCCACCGGUGAGCUGUCAGGCAAGUGUGGAUCAUCUAAAGAGAAGUUCUUUAGCCCAGAUGGUUCUGCAAGAAAGUACAUCAAAGUGCCAGGAGACUUUAACAAACGUAAAGAGCUGAAGUCCAAAGCUGUCAUGGCAACCUUUCAACACAAGACGGAGACAACGGCAGGCUCUACACAGAGUCACCACAACGACGACGAGUGCGCCGCGUGCACAGACGGAGGCGAGUUGAUCUGUUGUGAUGGAUGUCCACAAGCUUUUCAUUUAACCUGCCUGGACCCUCCGCUCACAUCGAUCCCCAGCGGUUCUUGGCGAUGUGAGGGCUGCAGUGGCAGAGUGGGGAAAGAAGAGAAAACCCAGCAACGUCCACGGACAAAAUCUAACACCUCUACUGUAGACAUGUCAUUCUUCCCCUUGCUGUCCUCUUCCACAGCCUCUGCCAAGGAGUGUCCAGACUCGUGUGGUAUUUGUCACCUGGGAGGAGGAGACCUCGCCCGCUGCCUCCAGUGUUCCAAGCGAUACCAUCGCCACUGCCACUUCCCCAUUGGGAGAUCCAUCUGCCUGUCGUGCUCCAUGACGUUGGUCAGCACUGCAGAAAAGGAGGCCGAGUCAAAAUGUUUGCAGCUUCCCAUACCGGUCCACAACCCACACGGCCAUGACCAGCGCUCAUCCGUACAUAAAGAUGAAUUGGACUCCAUCCUGGGAGAUCAGGCCUCCCUGGAUAGCAUCCUGCAAUGGGCUUUCCAUAACAUCCCUCAACCUCUUCUAAAUUCUCACGGAUGCUAACAGUGACUUGGAGUCAAGCACCUUCCAACUACUAGUACUAGUACUACGACUGCUACUUGUACUAUUACUACGACUACUAUUGAAAACAAUUAAGUCAUUGUGCUUAAUAACAGCAAAGAACGCUGAGGAACGCUGCAAAAGAGGAAACUGAAGUCAGUUGUUUUGCAUUUAAUGGCAUUUCAAGUUUUAAAGAAGACUGUGUAAUAAUAUGAUAAUAAUAUUUCACAUUAAUCAAAGUGUGACUGCAGAACAAAAUGUCUUGAAAAAUAUGCUCUUUAAAAGAAAUACAAGAAAAUCACACAAAAAAUCUACUUAAAGAGCGCAUCUCUAGAAAUAUGACUAAAAGGGAUUUUUCUCCAGAAAAUGUCAUUUUUUUCUCUAUCAACUUUAACUAACUAACUUUUCAACUUUGUUAAAUGACUUUUAGUGUCAAUGAAAGAUUAUAGUCAAUAUUAAAAUAAAUUAAAAACAUGAUGCACGACAGUCAGUCUAACACUCCAAAUAAAAUAAAAACAUGUCCAAACACAAUCAAUUAAUUAAAUUUAUCCAACGCACAAAACAAAACAUUUAUACAAAUAAAGAUAAUAAUAACAUUUGCAAUUAAUCAUAAAGUAUUACUGUCAUACUUUUCCAUAUAGUCACAAAGUUACAGGACACUGUACUCUGUUUGAGUGUGAGGUGACUAAACCCGUCUGACUUGCAACGUGUUGGCAUUUCUCUCCGUCAUAAUCGACGUGACAAGCAGAGAUUCACCACCUAAUCUUUAUCUUCUGCUUGAAAGCUGUGCUGAUCUCGAAUCUGAAGCGAUGCAACUCCACCAUCUACAGGGAUCUGUCCGUCAAUACAGUGGUUUACAAAGCUGAGUUUCACAGACAAGCUGGGGGAGACCCUUUUCUACGUCUACCCCUUGAAAAACUAAAUUGACGACGACAGUAUAUCUGUCGGAUUGCACUUUCCGAAUAUAAGCGUCCACGGUAGAAUAAGUUCAGGAUACUUUUUCUCAGUAGGGGUUAGGUCAGGGCAUGACAGUGGCCGUAUCUCAUUUGAGGUUGCAAGAAUCGCAUCCCAGAGUUUCUGUUGAGUUUUACUGCCAUCCAGAUGGCAGUUGCACAAUCUCGCGUUCAGCAAAUUCACGCUCACAUCGCAGCAGAUGGUUUCAAUCCAGCGAGGUAUGAAAGCAGAGAAAAUCCUCUGUUGCGCAGGAAUUCCUCCAAGACACUCACCCUGUUGCGGAAUGUUGUUUUUGUCAUGGGAUUUCCAGGGUUUUAGCAUGACUGCCAGCCAGCCAGCACACAUUUUACACCCCUCGGUAUUUGGUCGCCAUGACGCCCAGCUCCUACAGGUCUAAAAAAACAGAGGCUGAGUAAAAUGCUCCUUCCACACUGUCCAUGUGUGCAACACUUCAUUGCACACGUGCUUCCAAAUCAUCCUGGGGGGGAGGGAAAAAAAACAUCCACCCAUCCAUCAUUUAUCAACCUGUAUGAAAAACAUGUAAGGCCAGGAACAACAGAUUAUCGGAUAGUAUCAGAAUGUGGAACAAGUAUGCAGUAAAUCCCUCAGUUUGAGGCCAAACAGCGGCCUUAAACAGUCAUUCCAGCUGCGGCCAAAACAUCUGCUAACAUGCUUUCUUCUUCACUCUGUUUACUCCUAUGUUGCUGUAAUAUGGUUAAUGGCAUACAGUGGUGCCUUGAGAUACGAGGUGAAUUUGUUCCAUGACCACACUCGUAACUCAAGAAACGUGUAUCUCAAAUCAUCUUUCCCCAUUGAAAUGAAUGGAAAUGCCAUUAAUGGAUGAAUAAGUGCUGCAUGUCAGGUUCGGAUUUGGUUUUCCUUGCACAGAACAGCUUUGUUGCCAUACUGAGGAAGGACUAUUGAUUGUCCAUGUGGGGAAGCAAGGAUACAAAUAUACAAAAAGUGGUGGUUUUUUUUGGCUAACGAUAUCUGCAGAGAUGCAAUGGGAACAUUACGGAGAAGUCAACAACAGACUUAUUGAUCGAUGUUCGAAAAAGACAUAAAGCUGAAAAAGAGGCUGCAUAUGCGUUAUACAUAAUAUAAUGAAUUCAGUUUUUUGGCUUCCUGCUCCGACUGAGAAUUAUUCAACAUUAUGAGCUUUCACUGCUUGGGCCAUGGCAAUCUUUGGUCAGGUAGCUUUUAAAACUGUUGGUUACACACUAGGGCUGCACAAUAUAUCGUAAUAUAUAAUAUACUGUCGGUGUACAACAGUCACAUUACAAGGGUCCUGCGCAAUGUUAGUGUACUGAUUUGCUGUCAAUCAACUUUAAUAUUAAUAAGUGACCACCAAAGGGGGAUGGUUGGGCAUUCUAAUAAGAUUAGCACCGAUGUUACUGUAAAUUACAACCCAUCAAGCAACACAGACGGAGCAGCCCUGAGGGUUACUUUUUUGUUUUGUUUUUUGUGUGAUAACUACUAAUGAGGACACAGGAAACAAUUACAUGGCUGCAUUUACUGUAUCUCUCUUCAGAAUGUGAUGAAGGAAUGCAAGUUACAACAGAUUAGACUCGGGGGGGAGGGAGGAGAGCCACGCCAUUACUGAAGCGACAAACUUCAGGUGUACACAACGUCUU